AUGUCUGCCUAUCAAGAUCUCUCACCAACUUCAAAAGCCGCUGUAGAUACCAAAUUAAAAAAUCUUCAUGAAAUAAUUGCUAAGAAAAAAGGAAGUUUGCACAAUGAGGACGAAGAAAUGCUCGUUGUCAAGAAUGCUUUUAAGGAAAUUCCAGUUUUUAGGGAUAUACCAAAUUAAUUCAAAGUUGAGGCCUUGAAAUUCAAGACUCAUGAUAUAGUCUUUGAUUAAAGAGAAAACUAGUUCGUAUUUAUACUACUGCAAGGAGAAGCACUGAUUGUUCAAAGUGAGAAAUAACUUAGUAUUCUGCAAAAAACAAAUUUUAAUGCUAUUAAUACUGAGAUAGCUUAGUAAAGUACAGGAGAUACGUUUGAAGACCAUUUAGAACUAAAUCAAAUUAGAGUUAGAAAAUAGACCAUAGUUGCUUAAAGACCCUUAUUGAUAAAUCAAGGAAAAAAGCUAUCUGAGGAAUUACAAAAAAAUUUAGUGCCUCCGAAUAAUGAUUCAAAUUAAGCAAACUCAGGCGAUCCCUAAACCCCAUCUUGGAAAAAGAAUGAAGACGUAAAAUAGAUAUAAAUUGGGGACUGCUUCGGCCAGUACUAUAGCUUAACUGGGAGUAAAUGGAGACCUUCUUUUGUUUUAGUCAUAAAAGAUGAAACAAUGAUUUUAAGAGCUCCAGUUACAAAGAUUGACUAAAUACUGAAUAAAAUAAAUUCUUCAGAAUAGCACAAGCAGCUACUUUCAUUUUUAGCUGAUACAAUUUUUGGAUUUGAUAAAAUCUCAGCUGCUGCUAAGGAUAAGAUAGCUAGAUGUUUUAAUGAAAAACAAUUCUAUCCGGGUUAAAAACUUAUCAGAGAGGGGGACAUUCAUAACACAGCAUAUAUUAUAAAAGAGGGGGAUUGUGUUUUAAUGUCUAAUUAAAAUCCAUCUGAUAUCAGAUUCAAUGAGGAAGGUAAGCCUGUACCAAAAAUUUUGAAGGGCUUAGCUACUCUUAAACAAGAUCAAAAGAAGAAGGGAUAUAUGUCUAAAACUACCAAUACGUUUUAAUUUGGUGUUAAAGGGAAAGGGUAAUGGGUUGGAGAAGAUAUCCUCAUUUUAAAUGGUUAAGAUCAUCCCUUUUAUUUUAGCGUUGUUGCAGUAGGAAGAGUUAACGUCUUAGAAAUUUCCAGACUAGAUAUGGUAACUAAGUUACCUCAAUAAUUUGUAAAGUAUCUUGAAAAGAGUUCACUCAAACGCAAGGAUUUCGUUUUGUAAAGAAUGAGAAAUAUAAAUCAAACUAUCAAAGUUGUCAUUAAGUAAGGAGAAGAAAAAGCUAUCCUAAAUGAGGAAGAUGUUAAAAAUCAUAUCAAAGUUUAAAAUCAAACAGUGAACUAGAAGCUUAGAUCACUGACCCAGGAUAACUAUAAGUAAUCAGUAAUGAUAAAAAAGACUAUUGAUUUGGACUUCAAUAACAUUAGUAUGCAAUAAUAGAAUGAAAGUUCAUUUAGACUACCAGUGAUAUCCAAUCCAAGAGAUGUAACAUUAUUGAAAUCAAUAAGUAGGAAAGGACCUAAUCAUACUAUUUCUGCUGAGGAUGAUAUAGUAAACAUUCAAUCUCAGAGUUAGAUAGCUUAUAAGACUAGUGAUAAUAGAGGUCCAUCUCCAAUCCUGAGUAGAAAAGCUGGAAAUAUGAAUUAGAAUGAUAUAAAGAAACAUUAUAUGUCUCAGAUAAAUCAUGCCAUUGAGAAAAAGAAUAUUGACAGAUACAAUCAAGACUAUCUGAUUUAAAUUAGGAAGGAUUCACAGUCAGAAACCUUGACAAAGAAAAGUUUGAAUCUAAGUUCGAUUUCUUAGGUCAGAUAAAGCUAGUAAUUCAAUAUGAACUCAAGAUCAAUUGUUAACUAGUCAUAAGCAGAAUUAUCAGAUAUAAUGGAAAGGAAUGAUAGUGUUUUUGGAAUAAGAAGUAAUAAUGACUCAUUUCAAGAUAAAAGACAGAGAAAAAUAGCUUUAAUGAAUGCCUAAACAUUAAAACCCUACCUCCAUCUGAAGAAACAAAGGGACCUUGUUCCCAUAUUUUAUUAAAAAGAUCCUUAAAAGACCAGAAACUUUAUUGCCAACAGCAUUUAAAUGAUGAAGCUAAAUGGAGAAGUAGAUAUAGAUUAAAUAAACUUACUUUAGCAGCAACUCUAAUAAUAAUAACAACCUGAAAUAAUGAAUUCAAAUGAACUUAGAAGUAUGGUCAAUUUCCAUGAUGAAAUUCAAUCUGUCCAGAAAUUUAGUAUGAUAAAUGGGGAAGAAUCAUUAGAAUAUAAAACUAUAUCAAUUGUUCCAAAGGAAACUUAAAAAUUAUCAGAGGAGUAUCAUUCUGUUAAUUAAAAACAAUCAUUGGUUCCCUCAACUUAUCAAUUCAGUAUUAAUAAUCAAAGUUAGCAGAGUAUAGAAAGUAUAUCACCAAUAAUUAAGGUGAAAGGCAAAUCAUUCAAAGAUAUUGACACUAGAUUGCAAAAAGAGGCCAAGGAGAAAUAUGGUUCAUUUAUGGUUGGCAACACACUGAUCAAUGAGCUUGAUAAGUCAAAGAUCAGCCUUAGUAAAUUUAGAGCUUCUAAUGAAUACAACAGCAACCACAUCAAUUCAAUCAAAAUUAACUAUCAAUCACCUGGUAAUUAGUCAUACCUUCCUUAUUAAUAGUCUACACAGUCUAACUAUUCUCAGUAUGGGAUAAAUAUUACUAGAUAAGACUCUUAGGGUAGACAAGAAACUCCUAACCCAUAUGAAGAAUACAAAAAAAGAGAGAUCAGAAAAUCUCAGAUGCUAAAGAUGAGAGAGUAGCAAUGUGAUGGUAGAGAUGAUGCUGGAGUCAGGUCAGCUCUCUCCUAUUUUAAUUAUGACAUAUGA